AAUUAAUCCGAAAAAACUUGAACCAAACCGGUCUGGUUCUUGGUCUUGACCCUAGAAGAAGGCCUGCUUCUCCUCACUCCUCUCCCGCUCAGACGCACACCGCUCCGGUGAGGGGCCUGGGACUUUUCUCCAACCGACACCGGCAAGCAAUCAGCGGCUGGAAGCAGCUCCGACGCCGGAAUUCUCUUGCGUUCACCGGGGAUCUUCUGUAAGCUUCAUAGUGGUUCAAAAGACAUUGUUUUGAAAUACUUGAGAAUGGACUUUGAAGUAGAACUGUCUCGCUUCAAACUUGUUUGUCAAUCGCCAAGCAAGAGAAGGAGAACUUCUCCAACCAACAUCAGUUCUUCUUCAUCGUGUCAGGUUUUGAGUGAGAUCUGUGCUUCCUUGCCGACUUUAAAGUCAUCUGAUUUUUUCACCAAACCUUCCUUGAUAGAGUUGGCCACUAGAGAGCUCAUUAAUCCAGGAUAUUGCUGUCAGGUUAAAGAUUUUACAGUUGGAAGGGUUGGUUAUGGAUGUGUCAAAUUUAUGGGGGAAACUGAUGUUAGACAGUUAUGUUUAGAUCAAAUUAUUAAGUUCAAUAGGCAUGAAGUAGUUGUGUACGAGGAUGAAAGUACCAAGCCUGUAAUUGGUCAGGGCCUUAACAAGCUGGCUGAAGUGACAUUGGUGGUGCAAAUAAGAUCAAUAACUGACUAUGGUGAGGACCGAUUAAGAGAAGUGGCAAGGAAAUUGAAGCUCAGCACGGAGAGACAGGGUGCAUACUUCAUUUCAUUUGAUCCAUCAAAUGGUGAAUGGAAAUUCUUGGUUCACCAUUUUAGCAGAUUUGGUUUGACUGAGGAUGAUGAGGAAGAUAUCACAAUGGAAGACAUGACUGAAGAAGUGCAAGAUCCCAUCGAGAUGAAUGGUGGUGCAGUUUCAGAUAUUGAUGAAGAACCUGCUAUAGCAGAUCCAACUCUGCUGUCACAUUCUCUUCCUGCUCAUCUUGGGCUUGAUCCUGUCAGGAUGAAAGAAAUGCGAAUGCUGAUGUUUCCUGCAGAGGAAGAUGAGGCUGAGGAUUCAAAUGGAAGGUUUUCACAUCGGAAGGUACCAUACAAUAAAGAAAACAUGAGAUCUCCAUUACAGAAAUCUGCUCAAAAGAUGAUCCAUGGGUCCAGUCCCACUGUGAUACAAAAAAAGCCUCUAGCUUUGCUUGAGUACAACCCUCGCAAUUUGGAUCUGAGUUCUCCAGGAAACAUUUUAAUGACUCAACAAAAUAAAGGUCUCUAUCUGAAGACAACAAAAAGGGAUGGUUUUAAGCUGGACCUCAAGCAUGAAACACCAAUUACUGGAAGUCACUCUCACAAUGUUGUUGAUGCAGCAUUGUUCAUGGGCAGGUCAUUUCGUGUAGGCUGGGGUCCUAAUGGUGUACUUGUCCACACUGGUGCACCUGUUGGCAGCAGUGAUCCUCAGAGGAUGUUAUCUUCCGUAAUCAAUUUGGAAAAGGUUGCAAUUGACAAAGUUGCCAGAGAUGUAGAUAACAAAGUUAGAGAAGAACUUGUUGAUUUAUGUUUUGGUUCUGCGCUAAAUCUUCACAAGGAGAUAAACCAUGAAACAGAAGAAAUCAACGUUGGCUCCUUCAAGAUAAAGCUUUUAAAAGUUGUUUCUAACCGAUUAAUGCUUUCUGAAAUUUGUCGGAGCUAUAUAGGAAUUAUUGAAAAGCAGUUAGAGGUUCCUGGAUUAUCUUCUUCUGCUCCUGUGGUUUUCAUGCACCAAGCAAUGGUCUGGGAAUUAAUAAAGGUUCUUUUUUCUGCUAGGGAAAUAUGUGGACAAUCAAAGUCUGUGGAAGCUGACAAUGUGGAAGACAUGAUGCAUGAUAAGAAGGAAGGUUCUCCUGAAGAAGACUUAGAAGCACUUCCAUUAAUUCGGAGAGCAGAGUUUAGUUGUUGGUUGCAAGAGAGUGUUUGCCAUCGUGUGCAAGGAGAAGUAAGCUCUUUGACUGAGUUGAAUGAUUUAGAACACAUGUUCUUACUCUUAACUGGACGUCAGCUGGAUACGGCUGUGGAAUUGGCUGCUUCUAGAGGUGAUGUGAGACUGGCAUGUCUGUUGAGUCAGGCUGGUGGAUCCACUGUGAAUCGCAGCGAUAUUGAUCGGCAGCUUGAUCUUUGGAGGGUCAAUGGGCUGGAUUUCAAUUUUAUUGAGAGGGAUAGAGUAAGGCUCUAUGAAUUACUUGCCGGUAAUAUUCAAGGUGCUUUGCAAGGCAUCAAAGUUGAUUGGAAAAGGUUCCUAGGUUUGUUGAUGUGGUAUCAACUCUCUCCCGACUCUUCAUUGCCCAUUGUGUUUCGUACUUAUCAACAGCUCCUUGAUGCUGGAAGGGCUCCAUAUCCCCUUCCAGUUUACAUUGAUGAAGGACCAGUUGAGGAGGCUGUCAAUUGUUUUAAGGAGGAGCAUUUUGACCUAGCAUAUUACCUUAUGCUUCUCCAUGCAAAUGAAGAAGUUGAAUUUGGUUAUCUAAAGAAAAUGUUUAGUGCUUGUUCUUCAACUUAUGAUCCAUUUGACUAUCAUAUGAUCUGGCAUCAGCGAGCAGUUUUAGAAGCAGUUGGUAUUUUCCAGUCUAAUGAUCUGCAUGUUCUCGACAUGGGACUUGUUUCCCAGCUUCUCUGUCUAGGACAAUGUCACUGGGCUAUCUAUGUGGUGCUUCAUAUGCCCUACCGUGAUGAUUUUCCAUAUCUCCAGGCAACUGUUAUUAGGGAAAUCUUGUUCCAGUACUGUGAAGCCUGGACUACACAAGAGCAACAGCGUCAGUUUAUUGAGGACUUGGGCAUUCCUUUAGCAUGGUUGCAUGAGGCAAUGGCUGUGUAUUUCAAUUACUAUGGGGAUUCUCCAAAGGCCCUUGAGCACUUUCUUGAAUGUGGAAAUUGGCAAAGGGCACACUCAAUUUUCAUCACUUCAGUUGCUCAUUCCUUGUUCCUGUCAGCCAAACACUCAGAGAUAUGGAGGCUUGCAACUUCCAUGGAGAAGCACAAGUCAGAAAUAGAAGAUUGGGACUUGGGAGCUCAAAUUUAUAUUUCAUUUUAUGAAUUAAGAAAUUCCUUACAGGAAGAUAACAAUACAAUCAGUGAAAUGGAUACUCUUAAGAGCAAAAAUGAAGCUUGUAGAGACUUCUUUAGUCAAUUAAAUGGGUGUUUGGGUGUUUGGGGCAGCAGAUUACCAGUUGAUGCGAGGGUGGCAUAUUCGAAGAUGUCGGAGGAGAUCAGCUACUUGCUACUUUCCGACAGUGGUGAGGGUUCGACACGCGAGACUCAGUUAAGCUGCUACGACACGAUUUUUAGUUCGCCCAUGCCCGAAGAUCUUAGGUCGUGUCAUUUACAGGACGCAGUGUCAUUGUUUACAUGUUAUCUCUCAGAGGCAACCUCGUAAGCCUUUCUCUUCCCCUCAUAUUAUUAGAACAAUAGACGUUUCAUAAUUGUCAUAGUAAGUAAAAGCCCAGUUACCAGAGUGUGCUUGCUUGUGUUAUAGUGCAGAAACCGAGUUGUACUGUAUCGGCAUUUUCCUUGUUAUGUUCAGCUUAAUUUCGUAUUUUAUCUUUGUAAUUCUGGAAGCUAAAAUGAAGCAAGGGAUCCAUCGUUUUAUUUACCA